AUGGCAAACGAUACCUACCUAACAGACGACUAUGUCGCCUCCCUUCUUGCCGCCGACGCGAAAUCCAGUUCUAUCAAAUAUUCAUCCAUGGGUCUCUCAGCCUACGCCCCCUCAUCCAAACCACCUCCCAAUAAACCCAAACCCAAUACUCGUUUUUUGCGAAAUAUUAUCAGAGAUACGGAUAAUCACAAUAGCGCAUUAUUAGCCAAAGAAGCUGCGGAGGCAAAAGCUAGAUUGGAGAGUUUAUCAGGUGGAGCAAGACAGAGAAAGGUUGCGCCGACGGAUAUUAGGAGGAGGCAAUUGGGGGAUAUCAAGGCAAUUUUAGGAGGGCCGGUGAAGAGAAAACGGGAAGGAGAAGAUGCAGGGCGGGGCAGUGGGAAGAGAGAAGAUUCGUCGCGCACGGGAGAAAGUGCAAAGAUUCGGAAAGUGAGGGAUGAGGAAGAUGGCGAUCGCAGAAGGAAUAGGAAAGAUAUCGAUAUUUCUGCGGAAUUGAUAAGUCAUCGAAGGAGGGAAUCGAGACGCGGUGAAGAUCGAGGCACAGAUGAGGAAGUUGAUAGAGAGAAACGAAGAUCUAAAGACAGGCGGAGAAAAUAUCAAGACGAUAACUUGGAAGAAGAUCAUCAAUCUCAACGAAGAGAACACAGACGAAGAAGAAGUACUUCCGAAGAUCGAGAGCGCACAAGGGACGAGAGGAAAAGAUAUAGAGAGAGAGACAGAUCAGGUUCACCUCGAGAACUUCGAAGUAAAGACUCGACUUAUCGAGAUCGAUCACCCCGUCGCUCGCGAAAACGCUCCUUUUCACCACCUUCAGAAGAUGAAGGAAAAUCUUCCUCGAGAUCGCAUAAACAUUCCUCAUCCCGUUCCAAGCGCCACCCAUCUCCAGACGCAGAAUCAUCCGACUCCGACCCUCUAGACUCAAUAAUUGGACCUCGUCCCGCCCACGAAAAACAACCUCUUCGAAUCCGUGGUCGUGGCGCUAUAUCCCUCGGUUCUACAUCAAUGGAUUCUCGAUUCCACGCAGAUUAUGAUCCGAAGAGUGAUGUACAACUCGAAGAUAACCUUGACAAGGCAGGAGGGGAAGGAGAAGAUUGGGAUCAAGCAUUAGAAGCUCUACGCGAUCGACAGAAAUGGAAAAUGCAGGGCGCGAAUCGAUUACGCGAUGCGGGGUUUUCGGAAGAGGAAGUUAAGAAAUGGGAGAGGGGAGGUGAGAAGAGGGAAGAAGAUGUGAAGUGGAAGGGGAAGGGAGAGGGAAGGGAAUGGGAUAGAGGAAAGGUUGUGAGGGGUGAUGGGACGGUGGGAUUUGAAACUGGAUGGGGGGAGGCGAAGAUGGAGGGGGCUUUGGGAUCUAGUAUAGAUGCGGAGUUUGGGAGAUUGAAAUAG